AUGGAAUUAGCCAAACUGAACAUAUUAGCUGCGGCUAUUGAUGAAGCACAUGCAGCAAAUGAUGCUGCCAUCCGAGGUGCAGAAACUGCUGAAUCGAUCAAUCGGAAGUUUCCGCAAGAUGCUCUGAAACGCCUCGCUUCUGCUGCCAGAGAAUCUGGUCAGUUAGCCAAAAGCAAAGGAAGUGAGCUUUUGGAAGUGAUGUCCCAGCUGGCUACUGACAUCGAUGCUGAUGAUGAUGCCUCAACUCAAAGGGUCCAAACUCUUCUGGAGCAAACUUUAGAGGCAGCGGGGAUCGCAUGCCAAGAUGGUUUAUGGGCUACACAAAUGGCUGAAGCAGCGGUGGAGGACCCGAAAUUCCCUAAGAUUAGACUCUCAGAAUCUCAAAGAGCAAAGAUAUCCAACAUUCAGAGUUCUGAAGAUCGAGUGGCGAAGGAAGCUGCUGAAUACGAAAGGUUGUUGGCUGCCUGUUGGGAGAGACAUGAUGGAACACCUCCAAGACCACCGGCACCCAAGAAAUCUGAUGUUAAGAGAGCAAGAACUCCUUGGAUUCCAUCGAAUGACCCUCUUCCGGAAGUUCCUUCGCAGGCGGAUCAAUCGAUGAAUGAAAAUGAGACACCAAGAACUAUCAAUCAAAAUGCCUUCAAUUCUCUUAAAGUUGUAGCCGAUGAACACACUCCCAUGGAGAAAUCUACCAUCAUGGCUAUUUCAACACUCUCUCCGGAUUCAGGAAUCGCGACAGCUUCUACAAUUUCACCGGCUUCAACUUAUCUGUCUUCUCCGCCAGCUGUGAAAUCGAUUGCCUUCACAAGCGAUUGGGUUGUCAAGAGCUCACAGCGAAAUUCUGAGGAUUUGUCAACUAAAACUGGAAACGCUGCAGUCCCAUCCAAUCUAUUUUCUUUUGGACAUACUCAUCAAAUUUGGCCGAAAUCUGAAAAUAAGAAAUUAAGAAACCAAUUGGAUUUAAUCAACGCCAGAGGUGGAAUCAAUUCGAAUGUCGCAAAGUCGAGAAUUCCAUGUGCUACACAUUUUAUUGAGACAAUCAUAGAGGAAACUUUAAGUGGAGAGCUCAACAAAGGUCUCCAGGAGAUUGUUAUUCUUAGCAAACGUAGAUCUCGAAAGGCGUCUAAAAAGGUCUUGGUUACAACUGGCACAAACAAUAGAGACUGUGAAAACGAUUUGGGUCUUGUUACCAUGUCUUCUAUCACGACUUCUUUAAAGAUGACAUUAUUCUCGGAGGCUACAAACUCAGGAAUCGGAGUCAGGGCCAAGUUUGCGAUCACUUUGAAAAUCUUGGAAAAUGUGAAACAGACCCAAACUGAAAAAUUUGCGAUCACAGAAUUUUUGAAAAUCCCUAAUUUUUCAGCUAUUCACAGAUAUCUGAAACACAUCAGUUUUUCACGUUUUCAUUACAAAAGCAGACUAAAAGGAGAUAAAGCUCAAAAUGAAGUCAUUGGCAGUGAAAACAAACCGAGAGCUUCUGAAGUUCAAAAUACAAGCCCCAAAGGACUCUAUGAAUCUUUCUUUUUCCUCAAAAGUAGAAAUCCAACUAACUCCACACAAUCAAUCAUGUCCAUGGUACCUAAAAAAGCUCAUGAUGUCUCCAGUGAGAGAAAUUUGGAAGUUGCAAGUUUGAAAUCUGCCGUCGCAUCUUCAUCGGACUCAGGGAAUCCAGCAGUCGUCCACAACAAAGCUUCUAUUCUGAAAUGUCAAGAAUUUGUAUGCCCAGUUAUGACAUUUGUGUCACUGGUAAUGGAUAAAACUAUUUCUCCGAGUGCGGCUACUGAGACCAUCGAAGUGGAAGUUCAAGAAACACCAAUUCUACAAAACCCAAGAUCACAGUCUCCUGUUCAAGACAAUGCCACAAACGCCAGGACGUCUCAAAGGCCUGUCAUUUUCUGGAAGGCACUGCAGGAGAAGUCUGAUGACAUCCAAUUUUCCAAAUUCUACAAAGCGCGUAAAAGACUUCAAAAAACACGAGCGUUGAAAAAUAAGAAUGUUCAGUUUUUUGUCGAUACUGAGCCCGUGGAGCAACAAGUUGAAGGAGAAUCCAGCAGCAAGCUAGAUAUGGAUUCGAAUAUUGUUACAACAAUGCCCAAUGUUCCAAAAUCUACAGCUUCUGACAACGGCAGUCACAGUGGAACAGCUGGAAAUGGUCCAUCUUCCAGUUCUCAAGGAAUAAUCUGCACCUCAGCAGCUUCAACACUUCAUUUGGCUCCUAAAGCCUCUCCCAGAACUUCUAUUCUAAAUAAUGUGGAAUCACGCGGAACCACUACCAACAGUAACGAGGAGCCAGAAAUGGCUCCAAACCCACUCCCACGCAAAACAGCUUCUAUUCUAAAAAACGUGAAAUCACGCGGAACCACUACCAACAGUAACGAGGAGCCAGAAAUGACUCCAAACCCACUCCCACGCAAAACAGCUUCUAUUCUAAAUAAUGUGGGAUCACGCGGAACCACUACCAACAGUAACGAGGAGCCAGAAAUGGCUCCAAACCCACUCCCAUGCAAAACAGUUUCUAUUCUAAAUAAUGUGGGAUCACGCGGAACCACUACCAACAGUAACGAGGAGCCAGAAAUGACUCCAAACCCACUCCCACGCAAAACAGCUUCUAUACUAAAAAACUUGAAAUCACGCGGAACCACUACCAACAGUAACGAGGAGCCAGAAAUGGCUCCAAACCCACUCCCACGCAAAACAGUUUCUAUUCUAAAUAAUGUGGGAUCACGCGGAACCACUACCAACAGUAACGAGGAGCCAGAAAUGGCUCCAAACCCACUCCCACGCAAAACAGUUUCUAUUGUAAAUAAUGUGGGAUCACGCGGAACCACUACCAACAGUAACGAGGAGCCAGAAAUGACUCCAAACCCACUCCCACGCAAAACAGUUUCUAUUCUAAAUAAUGUGGGAUCACGCGGAACCACUACCAACAGUAACGAGGAGCCAGAAAUGACUCCAAUCCCACACCCACGCAAAACAGUUUGUAUUCUAAAUAAUGUGGGAUCACGCGGAACCACUACCAACAGUAACGAGGAGCCAGAAAUGACUCCAAUCCCACACCCACGCAAAACAGUUUCUAUUAUAAAUAAUGUGGGAUCACGCGGAACCACUACCAACAGUAACGAGGAGCCAGAAAUGGCUCCAAACCCACUCCCACGCAAAACAGCUUCUAUUGUAAAUAAUGUGGGAUCACGCGGAACCACUACCAACAGUAACGAGGAGCCAGAAAUGACUCCAAUCCCACACCCACGCAAAACAGUUUCUAUUCUAAAUAAUGUGGGAUCACGCGGAACCACUACCAACAGUAACGAGGAGCCAGAAAUGGCUCCAAACCCACUCCCACGCAAAACAGUUUCUAUUCUAAAUAAUGUGGGAUCACGCGGAACCACUACCAACAGUAACGAGGAGCCAGAAAUGGCUCCAAACCCACUCCCACGCAAAACAGUUUCUAUUCUAAAUAAUGUGGGAUCACGCGGAACCACUACCAACAGUAACGAGGAGCCAGAAAUGACUCCAAUCCCACACCCACGCAAAACAGUUUCUAUUCUAAAUAAUGUGGGAUCACGCGGAACCACUACCAACAGUAACGAGGAGCCAGAAAUGACUCCAAUCCCACACCCACGCAAAACAGUUUCUAUUCUAAAUAAUGUGGGAUCACGCGGAACCACUACCAACAGUAACGAGGAGCCAGAAAUGACUCCAAACCCACUCCCACGCAAAACAGUUUCUAUUCUAAAUAAUGUGGGAUCACGCGGAACCACUACCAACAGUAACGAGGAGCCAGAAAUGGCUCCAAACCCACUCCCAUGCAAAACAGUUUCUAUUCUAAAUAAUGUGGGAUCACGCGGAACCACUACCAACAGUAACGAGGAGCCAGAAAUGACUCCAAUCCCACACCCACGCAAAACAGUUUCUAUUCUAAAUAAUGUGGGAUCACGCGGAACCACUACCAACAGUAACGAGGAGCCAGAGUAUGUUUCAUUCCUAUAG